AUAGAAAAACGCUCGUGGAUAAUUAAUAAGGCAAAUAUCUCAUGGUUGUCUUUCUUAGUGUGCUUCAGAUUUAUUUACAAUAAUAAUAAUAACCCUAUAGCAUCUUCUUCUUUUCAGCAUCACUAGCUUUUGACAUCUGCAUUCACAGACAACGCUAGCUCAGUCAUCGGCAUUCAUCACGAGCGGCGGUGCCUGACAAAAUGGGACAAACUACCCUCUCCUCCCUCUUCACCUUCCUGCUGAUCUUCUCCAUUUUCCAUAACUCAAGGUGCCAGAAGCAGUGCGGCGUCAGCGACGACAGACGAGGAGGCCCCAGCAGGGUCAGAGCUGGCUUCUGGUUCUCGCAGUACAGCCUUCACUCGCCUGCUCCAACCAUCGACACCUCCCUCUACACUCACCUCUAUUACUACUCGCUCUCCCUCGACGGUGCCAACUCCGGCAUUGCCGUCCCGCCGGACCAGGUCGCCGUCCUCUGCAAUUUCUCCGGCACCGUCAAGUCCAGCAAUCCAGCUCUCAAGACCUUGCUGUCCGUCGCUGCCGAUGGCCGCCAAACCAGCUUCUCCGCCAUGGCAGCCGAUGCCGCUCUCCGGGCAGCGUUCAUCGCUUCGACCUUGGAACUCGCCAGGGAAAACCGGUUCGACGGCUUGGACCUGGCUUGGGAGUUCCCGAGCUCGCCGGCGGACAUGGCCAACCUCGGCCUCCUCCUCGAGGAGUGGCGGGCUCGAAUCGGCGAAGAAGCAGCCCCGAGCACUCUCCUCCUGACGAUCACCGCCUACUUCUCCAACCAUUUGUUCGACGGACCGACGACCGACGGCCCGGACUACCCGACGGAUGCGAUCUCCAGGAGCCUCGAUUGGGUCAACAUCCUCUGCUUCGGCUUCCACAGAAACGGCAACGCGACCGCUAACGACGCCGCCCUCUUCGACCGGACCUCCCACUUCUCGGCGAGCUACGGCGUCACCUCAUGGCUGGACGCAGGGAUUCCUCCGUGCAAGCUCGUAAUGGGAGUGCCACUGUACGGAAGGUCAUGGUUCCUCAAGAACAAAUCCAAAAACGAACCAGGCGAUCCAGUCGUAGCAGAGGGACCUCGGCAAAAGAUGAGCAACCAGUCAGGGGUGAUAGCUUUCCUUGAAAUCGAAGGGUUCUUGAAGGAUCCCGGCACUAAGUCUGUGUACGACGGCAGGACGGCGACUUCCUAUUUCCAGUCCGGCGAUCUGUGGGUGAGCUACGACAGCCCCCAGGUGGUCGAGGGCAAGGUCAGAUUCGCUCGACGCAGUGGAUUGCUCGGAUACUUUCUCUGGCCAAUCAGCUUCGAUGACUCGAAUCGCACAGUAUCCAAACGAGCGUCUGGAGUGUGGCUCGGGGAGCGUGAGUCUCAAGGCGGCGGCAGAGAAGAGGAGAGAUUUCCGGAAGGUGGUGCACCACCACUAGCAGCGGCAGGAGGCGGCGGCGCAGUGUCUGCGUCGGCGCAGAGAUUGUCAGUGACUGGUUGCAGGGUGGUUUUGGUGUGUGGGCUUUUGUGCUUCCUUUCCGGUUGGCUUUGGGUUUAAAGGUCAAAAGUGUCUUGGACUGUAAACAGGAGAGGCGGCUUUAGAGAUUCUUUUCGAUUGAGAUUUUCAGUGAGUGAUCACUUUUGUGCUUCCUUCA